AGGAGGAGGAGGGGGAGAGGGGGAGAGAGAGGAGGUGACUCUCCGGCAGCAUUUAGACACAACGAAAGGAUCAUGGCGGAUGGCCCCAGGUGUAAGCGCAGAAAGCAGGCGAACCCGAGGAGGACCAGCGUGACCAACUACAACAAUGUGCUGGAGGCGGGCUCGGAGUCAGACGAUGAGGACAAGCUGCACAUCGUGGAGGAGGAGGGCAGCCUGGCGGACGGGGCAGACUGCGACAGCACCCUGCCAGACGACGAGCACCCAGGCGUGGCCAGCUGGGACCCAGUGAAGGAAGACUGCGCUUCAGAUGGCGAGGAUGACGUAAGCACGGACGCCCUGGUGGAGGAGAUGCUCCAGCAAGGAGACACGGCCAUCAUCUACCCGGAGGCCCCGGACGAUGACCUUCAGCGCCAGGGCACGCCUGACGCCGGCGUGCACGACGAGAACGGAACCCCUGAUUCCUUCUCCCAGCUGCUCACAUGCCCGUACUGUGCACGGGGCUACAAGCGUUACAGCUCCCUGAAGGAGCACAUCAAGUACCGGCACGAGAAGACCGAGGAGAGCUUCAGCUGCCCCGAGUGCAGCUACAGCUUCGCAUACCGCGCUCAGUUAGAGCGGCACAUGAGCGUUCACAAGGGAGGCCGGGAUCAGAGGCACGUCACGCAGUCCGGAGGCAACCGCAAAUUCAAGUGCACCGAAUGCGGCAAAGCAUUCAAGUACAAGCACCAUCUAAAGGAGCACCUCCGCAUCCACAGCGGGGAGAAACCCUACGAGUGCUCCCACUGCAAGAAGCGCUUCUCCCACUCAGGCUCGUACAGUUCCCACAUCAGCAGCAAGAAGUGCAUCGGCGUCAUCUCAGUGAACAGCAGACAGCGCCUGGGGAGCACCAGGAACCAGGCCCAAGGCUCCUCGCCAGGGCUGCCCGCGUCCCCUUCAGUCCACUGCGGACAGCUUAGGGAGAAACUGGAGCACAGCAAGCCCCUGCAGGAGCAGCUGCCCGUCAACCAGAUCAAGACAGAGCCCGUGGACUACGAGUACAAGCCAGCGGUAAUAGCGCCCCCCACUGUGGCUGCUAUGAAUGGUGGGGUGUUCCGCGGAGGUGCUGCCGCCCCCCUGCAGGGCACUGUGCAGGCGGUGGUCCUGCCCACAGUGGGGCUGGUGUCCCCCAUCAGCAUCAACCUGGCGGACCUGCAGAACGCCCUCAAGGUCGCAGUGGACGGCAACGUCAUACGGCAGGUGCUGGAAAACAACGCCAAAGGCCAGGUAAACUCGGGCCUCACCACUGGAACGCUGCACCCCCCACAGCAGCAGCUCAUCUCAGCCAUCAGCCUGCCAAUCGUGGGGCAGGAUGGGAACGCCAAACUUAUCAUAAACUACAGUUUGGACCCCAACCAGGGCCAGCUCACACCCCACAACCUGAAGAAAGAGCCGGUGUCUCCGGCUCAGAGCGCCACUGACUCCAUUAAGUCCCAGAAACUUCCCGAGGAUCUUUCCGUCCGAGGCGGCAGGGACCAUGAGGCAAAGCAACAAGAGGAAAAGACCACUAAAAGCUGUCUCCUGUGUGAGAACUGUCCAGGUGGGCUGGAAGCACUCCAUGCCCUCAAGCACUGCAAGAAAGAGGGACUCAGACUGAACGGAGCAGGAUUAGAUAAAUCCGAGGCCGUCGCCGCCUUGCUCUCAGACGGAGGACUCUGCAACCACCCCAAGAACCUCCUCUCCCUUCUCAAGGCCUAUUUUGCCUUAAAUGCAGAGCCCUCCAAGGACGAGCUGGUCAAGAUCUCUGACUCAGUCAGUCUGCCGGUCCACGUGGUAAAGAAGUGGUUCGACAAAAUGCAGCAGGGUCAGAUAUCCCUGGGUGCCCCAACACCUCCGUCAGAAGAGGAGGACUCGUGUGAAGCACACAGCGUGGUAUCACUGGUCCCAGGGAAGGACUCAGCCACUAUAAGCAGUUCUGGGAGCCAGGACAGCCCCACAGAGGCCACGCCAGCAGAGGUCAACGGCACUCACAGCUCGCCGGCCUCGCCCUCGCCACUAAACCUUACAGCCCAUGGUCCCGCCCAAGCCGAUACCCCCGAGAGCACUGACGGACCCCUGGACCUGUCACUGCCAAAGCCAGCCAGAGAAGAAGCAGAGAGCAUGGUGCCUGCAGCCCGGGUUUACCCCUCUGCGUCGUCCUGCUCCACCAAGGGGGAAGAACCUCUGAACUUAACUUGCACAAAGAAGGACACAUUGCCACUCUCAGCCAUGGAGGGCAGCCCCCUCGCACUCUACGCCAACCAGCCAAGUGCCAAACCCCUCGAUAUUGUGACCACAAUGCAAUGCCUGCGAGCACUAACCACCAACAACAGCAAACAGACUAUCCUGAUCCCCCAGCUGGCUUACACAUACACCACUACAGCUAACAGCCCUGCAGGGACGGAGACCAACGAGACCAUCCACCUCAACGGAAUCAAGGAGGAGAGGCUGGAGCUGGGCUCCGAGGGCUACUCAGCCCUGGACGAGCAGAACGACUCCGACUCCGGCCCGGCGAGGAAGAAGAUGAAGAAGACGGACAGCGGCAUGUAUGCCUGCGACCUGUGCGACAAGAUCUUCCAGAAGAGCAGCUCGCUGCUGAGACACAAAUAUGAACACACAGGGAAGCGGCCUCACGAGUGCGGCAUCUGCAGCAAGGCCUUCAAACACAAGCACCACCUGAUCGAACACAUGCGACUCCACUCGGGGGAGAAGCCGUACCAGUGCGACAAGUGCGGCAAGCGCUUCUCCCACUCGGGCUCCUACUCCCAGCACAUGAACCACCGCUACUCCUACUGCAAGAAGGAGGCGCAGAGCCAAGCAGGAGGCCGGGAGAUCGCCGAGGAGGACGGCGAGGUCCCGACCGAGAUGCAGAGGCAGGACACGGCCCCUUCCCUCCUGGACUCAGAUGAGCGAGGGAGCAGCACCAGGGAGGACGAAGAGAGCGAGGAAGAGGAGGAGGAGGGCGUGGUGGACAUGAAUGAUAUUCAGGUUGUGCAGAUAGAGGAGGAGGAGGAGGAGGAGGAGAAAGAAGAGAGGAAUGAGGAGGAGAUGGAGGAGGAGAGGGAAAAAGGAACAUCAGAGACGGAGGAGAAAGAGGAGGCUGACACAAGGCAGCAGGAGACGGUGGGGAGCGCUCAGCAAGAGGAGGAAGUCAACAUCAAUAAGGAGGAGGGGAUGGAAACAGAGGGAGGUGCAACCGAGGAGGAGGAGGAGGAGGAGGUCCGAGAGGAAAGUAAAAGUGAAAGAAACAUGAGCGGCGUUUCUGAGGAGGAGAAGGCAGACACAGACUGAAGGAGGAAGGAGACUCCUCCGUGAGACCCAAUCAGACCGGUGGUGGCCGCGCGCAGAGGAACAGCCUCCGCUCACUCUGACAGUUCACUACUGUGUAGAAAUCCAGGUGUGCCUGAAAAAAAAAAUACUAGUGACUUUUGCGCAGGAGAGCGUUUCUCACUGCUCGUAAAAGAGGAAGAGGAAUUUUAACGAACGAAGGACAUGCAUUAUACAGACUAUGGAAGCUAGAGCCGACACGUUUUAGAUAAUGUUUUAUUACUAAAACAACCUUGGGUCCUUUCUUUUUAUCAGUGUUACUAAUUUUGUCACUCAUAUUUUAACCUUUAAAAGCUGUACAGUUGGGAGAUAUUUCUAUAUCUUUUUAUUGCCAAUGAACAAAAAAAAGUCAGUAUUUUGUUAAGUUGGAAGGAAAAAAAAAAGACAAAUCCUGUGCACUACAAGUGGCUUGGUUUACCUACGGCCUGAGUUUCGUUGUACCCUUCAGUAUUAUCGCGCCAUGCCAUCAUGCUCGCACGUGUUUAGCAUUACGCUUCUCAUUUCUGGUGUUCGGAGUGGACCGGGAGCCUUACGAAGAAAAACAACCGAGAGCAAACGUGUUUUUGGAACCAGGCAGUGUUGAUGUCAUCACAGAUGUGUUGUGUCUGCUUUUUUUUUUUUUUUUUUUUUCAGUAAGAUUUGGCUGAAUCAUGAUCGACUCCACGUCCGUCUGAUAAACGUGAGCGCCACUAACAGGCAUGAACUCCACACUUUUCCCAAGCAAAGUCAACAGAAGUAAAUAUGACAAAUACUCCAAUAUGAAACCUGAAAUCUGUAUGGAUGGACGAAUGGAUGGAUGGACAGGAUGGAGGGAUGAACUUCCUGACCUUUCCAGACGGCGUAGGAACCCUGAACUAAAUCCACCAGCCAGAAUCACUAAAAGCCACUAAUAAACUUAUUAUUUUUGUCUUAUUUGUUUAAUGCGGACACUAAAACAGUUUGGCUUAUGACCUCCCAAAAGGUGCAACCUCUCUCUCUCUCUAUCUCUUUUCCCCCCUUUUUUACAUGUGCAUGCACAUUACAUGAGCAAGUUACUGAAGCUAGGAGAUGCUAAUGGGGGGGAAGCCUCGUUCAGGCCAGGUCAGUCUCAAUUGGCUAACCGGUCGUUCCCAAAAACAAAAAUUCAAAAGCCAAAACGUCUGCUUUCUUAGCCACCUCCUUUGAUCCCAUCCACAAACGUAGAGCCUUAUGCAAAAAUAAUUGUGAAGAAGAAGAAGAAAAAAAAACGUGUAAGAAAGCAUGCAUAUCAGAAGUGCCAUUGGAUCUUGCUGUUGAAGCUUACAGCUGGGAUCAGCCGGUGCCGGGUCUGGGUCAAAUAAACCGGAACACUGUUGCGGGAAGAGUAGAGUUUUAGCCUGCAGAUUGACACAUGGGAUUUUAGAGCUGCGUCUUUCGUUCUCAUAAUCUGAGCGACUAAUAAUCACCGAGCAUGUUCCAAUGAAGGCGACUGGUUUGUCGCGGUUAACCGCAUCCUGCCUUCCCUAAGCUUGUUCGGCGCACUUGUUUAAACACAUAGAAUCCUCAGCUGUCUCUUCAGGUAACUAAAUGAAGUCUCAUUGAAGCCUGUUUUUACCUGUCAGUAUUAUUUUUGUCCCUCGUGUUGGUUUAUGUUCUGUACGUGUUCUACAGUGGCAGUAUUAUCCCAAACCCCCGACAAGAUGGGUAUGUCUGUUUAGUUGUAGAAAACUUUUGUAUUUAUGUGUCGGAUUAUUUUCUUUUUCUUUUCUUUUUUUUUUUUUUUACAUUUCUUUACGCUUAUUUAUUACACAAUGUAGUGUACAAUACUGUAGUUUGUAUUAAUGCGAUAAUAUAUUUUAGUAUGAAAAAAAAAGAAGAAAAGGCGAAUAACUGCAACUCUGGAAAACAAGACUCCGGCAUACUGAAGUAUGUUUUUUUUUCUUCUUUUUUUUGAACGAAUGAAGUUUUUUUCUUCUGGGGGAAAAAAAGCUCUCACCAUGCAAGCCAGAAAAUGUGGAACCUGUGACCUCUCUGCAUCUACUCUCAUGUCAGUUUUCUUUGCCCUCUCCCAAUAUGAAGCUACUGAACUUUGAAAACUAAUUGUAUGUCUAAUAGCAUGAGUGUGUGCUGUCGUAUUGAACGAUGAUCCCUAACCACAUAGACUGUCGUUUUUGCCAAGCCAAAAUAAUAAUGCCGUAUGUUCUUAUGUUCUUAUUGUGCCAAUUUGUUACUUUUCAUCAGUGUCACAACCACGCCCAGUUUUCUAUGCCCCUCCCCUUUUAACACCCUCAUCUUUUUUAUAAUAAAUGUUUUUGUUUCUC